UUCCUUGACAUACAAACCAGGGGUGUGUCAAGGUUUCCCCUUUAAAAGUCCAUAUUCUCAUCUUUUAUCUAAUAGCUAUGGUCACUGUCUAGAAAUACGUUAUACUUUAAUUGUUUUAUAUCUAUUUCAAUUAACACUAAAAAUUGUCAAAAAAUGGAAAUUUUAGUUCAAUGGUUCUUCUUCACUUCAAUGAAACCCAGUGAUGAAACCCAACAAGUGCUUGGACGUUCUGGAGGAGGAUCCUUCAUGCUCCACCAAUGUUUUCAUUUUGAUACAAUGGCGGGUAAAGAAUGCGAAGAUUUGGCAGCGUUAUCAGAACUUGACGAGGAACUCGUUUUAAGUCAGCUAUAUAAAAGAUAUAACUCGGAUGCAAUUUAUACAUAUGUUGGUGACAUCCUUAUAGCCAUUAACCCAUUUAAGUCCUUGCCCAUAUACUCUGCCAAGUUUUCAGACCAAUAUAAAUUUGCACCAAAAGGCAGCAAUCCUCCACAUGUAUUUGCAAUCAUGGGUAAAGCAUACCAAGAUUUGCUUGGACUUGGGAGCAAGUCAGCCCAAAAUCAGUGCUGUGUUAUCAGUGGGGAAAGUGGAGCUGGGAAGACCGAAAGUUGCAAAUUAAUGAUAAAACAACUAAUAGAGCUCUGUGGAGGGUCCUCAGAACUAGAUCAGCAGAUUCUACAGGUCAAUCCCCUACUGGAAGCUUUUGGGAAUGCAAAGACAGUUAUGAACAAUAAUUCAAGUAGAUUUGGAAAAUAUAUUCAGUUGAAGCUGAAAGAGAAAAAAGUCGAUGGUGCAAAAAUAUCUGAAUACCUGCUUGAAAAAUCAAGAGUUGUUCAUCAGAAUCCUGGCGAGCAGAACUUCCAUAUAUUUUAUUAUAUCUUUGCUGGGUUUAAAAAGGAUCAAUUGGUCAAGCUACAUUUGGACAAGGCAAAACCUUACAGGUACAUCACAAAUGGAAUUUCAUCAUCAGUAAGAAAUUUUGCUUCCUGGGAGAAGGAUUUUGAUGAUCUUGUUAAUGCCAUGGACAUUGUUGGCUUCACAGAACAGGAACAGCAAGAAAUGUUUAGAAUAUUAGCUGGUGUGCUCAAUAUUGGGAAUCUUCAAUUCUCGUUGGACGAAGAUGACUUUGCUACUUUGCAGCCAGAUGAGCAUCUGAAGGCGUCAUCGUUUCUGCUUGGCCUCGAUUCUGUUAAUCUCUGUGACGUUUUGACCUCGUUUGUCACUGUCACUCGAGGCAGUCAUAUUAAAAGAAGAUACAAUAAGAUUCAAGCCCAGAGUUGUCGCGAUGCAAUGGCUAAAUCGCUCUAUGGGCGGCUUUUUAGUUGGAUUGUUAACAAGGUAAAUCAGUUGGUUGCCCCUGAGUUCAUUCUGGAAUCAAAAGAGAUCGGCCUUCUGGAUAUCUUUGGAUUUGAGCAUUUUGAGAAGAAUUCCUUUGAGCAAUCCUGUAUCAACAUGGCCAAUGAACAACUUCAGUUCUUUUUUAACCAGCAUAUUUUCAAAUGGGAACAAGAAGAAUACCACAGAGAAGGCAUUGACUGGAGCGAUAUCAAGUUUGAAGAUAAUCAGCCUACUUUGGACUUUUUCUUUGGAAAACCAGUUGGCUUUUUAACACUUUUGGAUGAAGAAAGUCAUUUUCCCCAGAGCACCGAUUUGUCGUUUACGCAAAAGCUAUCGCGGAGUUUUGCAAGUCACAAAAAGAUUUUCCAAGGACCACGAAGUGAUGCAAGUUUAACUUUCACAGUCAAUCAUUAUGCUGGCAAGGUUCAAUAUACCAGUGAUGGUUUCUUGGAAAAAAACAAAGAUGCUAUUCCACCUGGGAUGGUACAGUUACUGCAGAAGAGUGAUAACAAAUUGGUUUCUCAAAUCUUUUCUGCAACAAUCACUAGAACAGGAACAUUGGCUCUUCAGGGCAGAUGUACCCUAAAAGGCAAAGAUAGUAAACAGACAAGGAAGUUGAGUGCAUCAAGACAGAAAUUUAUGGCAAACAAAAAAGCAACGACAAUCGGAACUCAGUUCAAGAACUCUUUGUCUGUGCUUAUGGAAAAGCUGAAUGCAGCUGCUCCCCACUUUAUUCGAUGUAUCAAACCAAAUGCCGAAAAGGUUCCAUCUAAAUUCGAUUUCCUGUAUGUCAGAAGGCAGUUGAACUACACAGGGAUUCUUGAGACAACCAAGAUUCGCAAAGAUGGUUAUUCUGUCAGAGUUCCAUUUCAAGACUUUGUUACCAGGUACAAAGUUAUAUCACUUGAUCUUGGUUUGCUUCCAACUUCUCAAUCCUGUGCAUGGAUCCUUCACAUGGCAAAGAUGACACACUGGAAAAUAGGACAUACCAAAGUGUUUUUGAAAUACUAUCAUCUUGAUGUGCUGUCGGAAUACAUUCAGACUCUUGACAAAAAUGCUGUUCAAAUUCAAAGAGUUGUUAGGGGAUUUUUGGAUAGAAGGAGGGUGCGCAAAACUAGACUGGCUGCUGCGAAGGAGGCACAAACUGUUUCAAGUUUUUUAAGUCACAUCGAAAGAAUCGGGAAUUUCUUUGCGAAAAGGGCAUCAUCGAUGGAUAAGAUUCCAAUUAAUUGCAUGCCUUCGCCUUCCUCUUUUGAACCUGAAGACGAAUACUUCCCGCUCCCACCCUCCAGCAUGAUGAGCCAUAAAGAAAACGUUGUCAUUCGGCCUUUGAGACAACCAUCAGUUGAAGAAACAGUAGAAAGAGAAGAAGACGGAGAUAAUUUAGAGGUUGAAGAAGACACUUUCAAGCCAAAACCAAAGUACGAACCAAACAGAUUUGGGAGGGUUGGAACAAAGAAAGCAGCAGCGCGUUGGUUCCAGGAAACCCAGAUACCCAGAGGUGCUGUCAAUGGAUCAACGGGCAGUCCUGAUGUUUGGUUUCAUGGCUUGAUACCAAGAAGGGAAGCUGAGCGGCUACUUGAAGAUAAGCAAAAUGGUUGUUUCUUAAUUCGAGUCAGUGAAACGAAAUUUGGCUACUCGUUGUCGUUCAAGACACCUAUCCGAUGCAAGCACUUUUUUAUCGAGCAAACUCGAUCUAACAAAUACGUCAUCGUUGGUUUGCCGAAAGCUUUUGUUAGCCUCCACGACCUCAUUGCCCAUUACAGUAAGGUGGAAAUAAACGAUGAUGGAGAUGUUCUCACUGUUCCCUGUGGUCAGCAAAGCCACUCUCCUGACUAUGAAGACUUGUAUGCAGAGUUGGCAAGUGUCAUCAAUAAGAAAAAGGAUGAGAACUUUGGCUUGGUUCCAGUCGACGAACUACCGCCACCAAUACCCCUCAAAUCACGAGAAAUUGAAUUGAACAGAACGCUGUCUAAUGAGCUGCCUCCGCCUGUGCCUUUGAGAGCUAAAGAGCGAUUGCAACACAGAAAAAGUCACGAAGAAAUUGAUUUGCUACCACCACCCAUCCCAGAGAGAGCUGGAAGGAACAUGAAAAGGUAGACAUUGCCAUUUUACGUAUUUAUGUUUAUUUAUGAAUAUUUAUAGUUAUUUAUGUUAUUUGCCCUAGGCUCGCUGCAAUUUGUUAUUUGUAUAUUUUGAUCGUCGUUCAUGUCUGUAGCUUAAAUUUUUGUAUCAAAUAUAUCAAAGAUAUACGUAAACAUAGUUCUGCGUGUUUAAAUAGUCUGCACGAGUAAAAUAAACGUUUUCAUUUUGUUAAUUUUUGUGAAGCUUUGUGUCCCAGCGCUAUUUGAGAAUAGUAAUUACAACUUUGAAUUAAAUAAUUAAUUAUAAGACUAGCAAAAGCAAAUUGAAAAUCGUAGACAUAUUUAUUCACCUUUUGAAAGUAAACUUGCCUGCUCAGUCUAAGGUUUCUACUGGUUACCUUUAGAAAUUCAUUUGUAACUCUGUGUGUUUUACUUUAAUUGAAUCCAUUAUAGUUUUUGUAUGCUAAAUCUUGGCGUAGGAGGUGUAUAAAACUGUUUGCUCUGAAGCGGGAACUUUUCAGUUGCAAAUUUGUUUAGAAACUUUUGAUACACGAACACCGGAAAUAGUAAGAACGGAUUUAGGGGGGGGUGUAGGGGAUGCAACACCCCUCAAUAUUUCUGCAUCCUUCUGUGAAUUUUGCUUCUGUUCGGUAAGCAUCAUUUUGUCGUAGUCAGUAGAAACAAGAUAACACCAAUAUUUUAUUUUAUUUAUCUUGUCUUUCUUACCUUAAAGUUAGGAACUGAAUUUUUAAAAUGGGCGUUUCCGACAUUUUAUAGUGACUUGAAGGGUGUGGCACCAAAUCCAAUUACUGUCAACCCCCCCCCUCCCCCUCUCCCCCUCCCAAUCAUUUUUUCUUAGAUCCGUCUAUGUCCUGCACCGACCAUUGACCGGUCUCAGGCCACGGUCAAUGGUCUUUUGUAGCAAAAUGAUGACCAAAGUCUUUCUAGGAAGAACAUAGCUUGAUAACUCCACUGGAUACCCCGUCCACAUUAUAAAAGUUUACGCAAAGAUAUCAAGGCAAUGCAUUCUAUUUUUUCUUUAAAGACUUUUUUAGAUGUUUUUAUAUUCAUUUUGUACUUCUUGUUUGUUAGUGUAUUAAGUCUUUUGUAGUCAUUACUAAAAUGAAAGCGAAAUUGAACUGUAUCAUUAAUUGAGCUUAUAUGUCUUAGAUAAGGUAUUUAUAGAUGAGACCGGUAUGUAUGUUAUAAAUGGUUAUUUGAAAUUAGCACUAGCCCAAGUAGAACUAUUUGUUAUAAGAGUAAUUUUGUCUUAAUCAACUUUAUUUUGAAAGGUACAGACAAAAUGCAGGGGUAUGUUCUCGAUGUAAACUUAGGUAAUCGCGUUAGUAAAGGGUUGAGAGAAAAAUUAUGAUAAUAAUAAUAAUAAUAAUAAUGGUAUAAGGAGGGGACAGCGACAGAAUAUUUUUCUGAAAGUUCUGUACAGGCUCCUUAGUGACAUCGACUUCGUACCUUUUUAACCACUGAGGUUGUUUUUGUAUGCAAAUUAUCAUUGGGCUCAGUCAUAUGUCCAAGUCUUUCCAGCUUUUAGGAAUCUAGAUGCCGCUUCGAAGCUUCAUAGCUAAUUUUGAAGUAGCCUUUAUAGAUACUCCAAUCUAUGCUGUAAAAACCCGUUUAAAGAACCUGAUUCUGUAGCAGGAUGGAUUCUAUACUUUGACAUAAUGGCGCUCAUUGAAGGCACCCAGCCUGCAGUUUCUUGUAUUCAGGUUGUUACUUUAUCUCAGUUUUUCACCUUAAAGUUGUAAACAUAGCACCCCUUCCUAUCCUGCAUAUAAACCGACCUUCAGUUUCAACUCUUCUGUUUUCUCAUCCACCAUCUAUCUAAGUUUUACCAGUCACUACAGAAAAGAUAUUAAUACUCAACGAAAGCUUAAUAUUUUGCUGUAUAUUUAAUAAACUUACAAGUAUUAUUCUAUUUCACGAUGACUGAAAUAAGCAGAAAAUCGGAGAGCUGUUGUGAAUUUUAAACAUUGCAAAGCUUGUAAAUAAUUCUUUAUGCAAUUGGGAUUUUCGUUAGAUAGAUAAAUAUGUUUGAUGUUGGAUUUUACACACAUGAAUACUUUUGCA